AUGUCCAGUAACUAUGAUGAUGGCGGCAAAUCGGCCACCGAUAUCAUCACUUAUAUUGGCGUGCCCCUAGCCGUUCUUGGCGUUCUGCCCAUUCUCUACAAUACAGUCGCGACUCUGGCCGCCCUGUCCAAGAUCAAGCGCAUGCUGAGAAAAGCAAGACUGCCCGCCUUGACACGAAGUGAUAUAGUCAACAAGGUGAUCGAGGUGGAACUACCGCGCUAUGCCGUUACCCCGUGGGAUCGCUUCAGCGAGAGUUCCGAGUACUGGGAACUCUCGAGGCAGCCGAGCCAGAUCCCGGGCGGCAGCUGGACGACGUUCAAUUGGAAGACCAACACCAUUGGCCUCAAGACGCAGCGUGUCGAAUACGCGGAUCAGCUGCGCCAGCCCCAGGUCGAGGUUGCAUUCGACGAGCUGGUUUCUUACCUGUUGGACCUCGGGGCUAUUCCCGACGCUCAUGGUUGGAAGCUCCUGCGCACGACGGGACUGUGGACGCCGAUGGGUUGUGCCCUGAUGAAGUCACUGGAUGGCCACAAAGCUCUGACCAUUGCGCCACUGGAUGAUUCAGACGGUCACUUGUCGCUGGCAGUGGAAUGGUCUUCAUCAUGGACCACUCGAGAUUCCGGUUCGUUGCCUCCGUACUGGGUACAACUGCCACCGUUUCAGCAACCCAAGAAGCCAGUUAGUGUGAAUCCCGGAGACUCUUCAAGCCAGAACGAUGCAGUGGGGGAAUCCGGCGAAGCGGGCGAGUCAUCACCAGCCAAGAAAGUUACCUCAAAAGAGUCCCUGGACUCGAUUCAGAAACAAUCACAAUCAAACUCCAAGACACCAAUAAGCUGCCAUAUAUCCAUUGACGGGCUAAACGCUGCCCUCAGCCAAGACCUAGAGAUCCUCGCAUCGGACUCUACACCCGAGAGUCUCUACAUUGAGCAUCUGCGCAUUCGCGCCGGCAAGCCAGACGGCAUGUGGUUCGCCAGCGCCGCGACGGCGUACGGGACGACGGGCCAAACCAUGCUCUGGAACUACAAGAUCCCCGAUGAAACCCUGAGCUUUGCCGUGCGGGACACGGUGCCGUGUGGCGUGCUGGUGCUGCUGGACGUGGUCGACGAGGCCGACACGCCGCAGUGGGCCACAAGGUUCAACACGGGCAUGGAGUACCACGAGGCCGUCACGCGGCGCCACCAAGAGCAGAGGCUGGCCAUGGCGGAAGAGAACCGCAUGUCUCACGAGCAGCGCCAGAUCGCUAUUAGUAACCGGAUGCAGAGAGAGAUGCAGCAGCGUAUGAACGACAUGCGCGAUAAAAUGCGCCUCGACGCCCAGCGCCGGGAUCAACGCGAGCUCGAGGCCCUGCAAAGCCCCAAAUGGGACAACAAGCUCGUCGCCGAGCACAAUCUCAAGUGGCUCAAGGCCCGAGGGCAUAUAGAUAGUGAUGUCGACCUCAAGGAUGCUGUGGGGAUGUUUUUGCACCGCAUGGUCCUCGAUGGACAGUUCGCCUCGUCCCUGUGCCGUGUCCUUGCUCUGUGGAAGGCGUGGGCAGACAACGGAGGCAUGAGGGUGUCGGACCUGUCUGCGUUGCGAGAGUCUCAGGACAUGUUUGCCAGGGCCAGUCUUCUCAUAGCCAUGAUCAAGGAUACAACCACGGCUGUCGAUGGCACCGUGGCCAUGGACUUGCAAGAAUGCAUGAGGAUGUGGAAGACGGUCAGACUGGGCUAA